UGAAAAGACAGCAGCUAAGUUUUUAGAGAGGUGGCCAACUACAUUUAUGCCGAAAGUCAUUCAGCAGAGCAAGGGGCUUAACUCCUCCCAAGAACUUCAGGACCUGAUUCACUGUGCAGAAUCGGCUGUGGACACUGAAUCAGAUGAAGACGGAUGGGGUAGCGGUCUUGCUUCGAUUCUUCUUUUACUUCACCUAAUUCCACCAUCACCACAAGGUCGCAAGAGACCUGGGAAAAUGUCGGCAUCUCAAGCUGAGAAACACAUUGUGAUCUUCAAAAAGACAGGGACUAACAUGCAGGAACAUCUUGAUUCAAUUAAAGAGAGCACCCAGCCCUACCUGCUUGCUGUCGGGACAAAGAAAAGCAGCAUUCAUGGAUACUACAUCAUCCUCGACAAAAAGCCAUACCAUGCAAGUCAAGUGGAGCUCGAUCACGCAGCCGUGUCUUCCCUCUUCCCCGAAUCCUCUCAAAACUCCCUCCCGAACCUCCCGGACCUUCCCCUCUCACCCUCCGGACCCUCGGACCCUCUCCCCUCCCGCAGCGCGCGUCAGGUGAGGCUUUACCGCGGCUCACGCGCUCAGGAGCGCGAGGGGCCUGCAGGCCGCGGGCUAGCGUUAGCGCUCGUGCUAAUCAGCCUCCGCGCUUCUCCUGCUAUAUUAGUGGAUAUUUCAGCGUGA